AUGUCGCGUGCGCUUUCUCUUGCCUUGGUUAUCUUGAUAUACUGUCAAGCUCACGGGUUCACGGCCAGACGGACACUCCAUCCUGGACAACAUGAAUUUUUCGAGUUGUCCAUCAUCCACCUCAACGAUUUUCACGCCAGAUUCGUCCAAACGAGCGCCGUGUCCAGCACUUGCCAGAAAAGCAAGGAGCACGAGUGCAUCGGCGGCUUGGCUCGCGUCGCGACCGUGAGCCGUCAGCUGCUGGAAGAGCGGCCGAAUCCGAUUUUUCUGAACGCCGGGGAUCAGUUCCAAGGGACCAUCUGGUACAACGUGCACAAAUGGAACGCCACCGCGUACUUCAUGAACAGGCUGCCUCACGACGCACUGACUCUCGGCAACCACGAGUUCGACGACGGCGUCGCGGGUCUGGUGCCGUAUCUCCGGCGAAUCCGCGCGCCGGUGGUGGUGGCGAACCUCGACGACAGCGAGGAGCCAGCGAUGCGGGGUCUCCACGAGAAGAGCACGAUCGUCGCGAGGGCCGGCCGGCGGAUCGGGGUGAUCGGCGUUCUCACCAAGACGACGAAGACGCUGGCGAAACCCGGGAGGAUCAAGUUUCUGGACGAGGUGGGCAGCGUGAACGCGGAGGCCGGGCGCCUGAAGGCCCGAGGAGUCGACGUCGUGGUCGUGCUGAGCCACGCGGGACUGGACAUGGACCGGAGGAUCGCGGCCGAGUGCCCGGAGGUGGACGUGAUCGUGGGUGGACACAGCCACACGUUCCUGUACUCCGGAGCGCCGCCGUUCGUGGACGAACCCGCGGACGAGUAUCCCGUGGUGGUCAGGCAGAACGCCACAGGGCGCACCGUGCUCGUCGUGCAGGCGUCCGCAUUCACCAGGUACUUGGGCAACCUGACUGUGCGCUUCGACGAGCAGGGAGAGGUGGUCGACUGGGAGGGCAACCCGGUCUUCUUGGAUAGCUCCGUCGCCCAAGAUCCCGAGAUCCUGGAGGAGCUGAAGCCCUGGGCGGAGGCCGUGGACGCGUUCGGCAGCGAGCUGGUGGGCGAGACCAGAAGCUUCCUCAACGGCAGCUGCCGGUCCAGCGAGUGCAACAUGGCCAAUCUCGUGACCGACGCCAUGGUCCACGCGUACCAGGGCAAGGCCGAGGGCGCGGACUCGUGGACGUACGCCGCGAUCGGCUGCACGAACGCCGGCGGCAUCCGGGCCCACAUUCCAGCCGGCAGCGUCAGCUUCGGUGACCUCGCCACGGUGCUGCCCUUCGAGCACACCUGGGACGUGGUCGAGCUCAAGGGAGAGCAUCUGCUCGGCGCUCUCGAGGAGUCGGUAUCCCGCGGCCGCGACAAGGCGAGCUUCUCGGAGGCUGGCUUCCUGCACUGGUCCGGCGUCAGGGUCGUCUACAACAUGAGCGAGCCGGCCUGGUCUCGCGUGCAGAGCUUGAGCGUGAGGUGCCAGGACUGCCGGGCGCCGAGGUACGAGCCGCUGGAUCGCGACAGGUGGUACCGAGUGGCGGCGGUGUCGUUCGUCCUGAACCGCGGCGACGGCCUCACGGUCGUUGCCGACAAGCAUCGCAAUCGCCAACUCGGCCCUCUCGACGUCAGCGGCCUGGAGGAGUACGUUCGGGCCAUCUCGCCGUUUGCCUACGAACUCGAUGCUAGAGUUCAAAUCGUCAGCUGA